GACGGUGAUAGAGCGUGGCGCAGAGGAGUUCGGCAUUACUGACACAACGCGCGCAUUGUGCCCGUUUUCUCGCAGUGCCUGCCUCCAUGUGCGAUGAUGCCUCCCUCGCUAUCUCUGAGUCAAGGCAAUGCUGCGGUGCAGGGUUUAGGGAAUCAGGCGACGGACUUUUCUUGUGAUACGCAGUAGAAAAGCUUUGGACGGCUCGCUCCGUAGGGUGGUGGUGGUGGUGAAAGUGGAGUCGAGUGGAUUAGUUAUGGUCGAGACGCAGCUGCGAGGAAGGUCGGCGUUCUUGCUGGAUGGAUUUGUCAGCCCGCGAUUGCGUGAUGUGAUUCGCGAGUAAUGCGGGAGAGAGGUGUUUGUUCUUGUGGAGGUGGGGGUGGUGCUGAUGUCAAGGCUUGAGAAUUGACUGCAGCUUGGGGAUCUUGAGGAAGCUCUGCGUUAUUUCUCCUGAUAGCGGAUUGGAGCUUCUGUAGUGAUCCUUAUCAACGCAACUAUAUUUAGGAGUAUGUAAUGAAAAAUGAAGUUCCUUAUUCAGCUCAGUCAUGUUAGGGAGGGUGAGAAGUGAAGGUCAAUACGCCUGUCACAUUCUCGCAUGUAAGGGGCGUAGCUAUUAUAAGCGUCUCGGGUAAGUUCUUCAUGGCGUUUAAACGGGGUGCACCAUCAGGCUUGCUGACAAGAAACAAUAAUGCCAAGCAUGGGGCGUGUAGAGUCUCUGUUAUUGCGCUCCUACUUGUCUCCGUUUGUGCCCCCCUUGUCAUCAUAACAUCGAGGACGACAAAACUUUUCUCCGCAGGUUCAGCUUCCGAUGAUGCAGCUUUCUCGACAAGAGCAGAAGAAAUGAGAAGGCGUGCUGCUCUGGAAGCCAUAGAUGCCUUGUUCCCGAAAGAGGUGCUUGAUAUUGUUUCUGCGAAUCCAGAAGAUAAUGAACCAUUGAAUCUCAACGUUAUCCUCACGGAUUUGUCUUCAUCAUGGGUGCAAGAGGAGAGCACUUUCAUGACUAGAAAGUCUAGCUCCUAUCAGAAUUCUCGAGUUGUUUCAGAGGACGAUAUUAAGAGUAAGGAUCUCGAGAUCAAAGAGUCUGAGGGUAAGGAAUAUGAUGUGAAAGAAGGCACUGAGGCUCCUAAGGCUGGGGAAAACGCAACCGUCAUUGCAGAGCGCAAGGAUCUUGAAAUUUCCGAUGCUAGAGGUAACGGCAUCAUAAAAUUCGUUCCAAAUCAGGAUGAUGAAGUCACAAAACUAGCUAGAAAGCAACAAAGACUAGCGAGACAACAGCAGAGGCUCAUUGCGUUGAUACAGCGCGAUCAAGAGCAAGUUCGGAAGCUGGAAGCUGAAGUUAUAGAGAAGUCCAAAGUAGUGACCAAUAACAUCACUGCCAAAUACAGCGUCUGGAGGCGGGAUCCCGACUAUGAAAACCCCGACGCUUUGGCCAGGUUGAUGCGGGACCAAUUGAUAAUGGCUCGAGUAUAUGCAUAUAUAGCUCAGUCUCGAGGGCACUAUGAACUUGUCAGGGAUCUGAAGCUUCGAAUCAAGGAGCAUACACUUACACUUGGUGACGUGACUUCCGACGCUGAGCUCCCACCUGGGGCUGAUGAGAAGAUGAAGCUCAUGGGUGAGCUUCUACUUCAAGCGAGAGAAAAGGAUUACGACAAAGGCGUCAUGGUCAAGAAGCUGAGAGCCAUGCUUCAAGCAGCUGAGGACACUGCCCGCUCGCUGAAAAAACAGGGCACUUUUUUGAGUCAAUUAGCUGCUAAAACUAUUCCCAAGGGACUCCACUGCUUCUCUCAAAGGCUGACAGUAGAAUUCUACGCCCUUGCAUCAAAAUAUCGGGAGUUCCCGGAUCAAAAUAAAUUGGAAGAUCCUGCUUUGUUCCACUAUGCUCUUUUCUCUGACAACAUUUUGGCAGCAGCAGUUGUGGUGAACUCCACUAUUACCAAUGCGAAGGAUCCCAGUAAGCAUGUCUUUCAUGUUGUUACAGACAAACUGAACUAUGGGGCCAUGCGCAUGUGGUUCUUGCUCAACCCCCCCGGUGCUGCUACCAUCCAAGUUGAGAGUGUGGAUGAUUUUAAAUGGCUGAAUUCCUCCUAUUGUCCAGUGUUGAAGCAGCUGGAGUCAGCUGCCAUGAAGGAGUAUUACUUCAAGGCCGACAACGCAAACACACUCGCUGCGGGAACUUCAAACUUGAAGUACAGGAACCCGAAGUAUUUGUCUAUGCUCAAUCACCUGCGAUUCUAUCUACCAGAGGUUUACCCCAAGCUGGAUAAGAUACUUUUCCUGGAUGACGACAUUGUUGUACAAAAGGAUCUCACAGGGCUUUGGGACAUUGACUUGAAGGGGAAUGUUAAUGGGGCUGUUGAAACUUGUGGUCCCAGCUUUCAUAGAUUCAACACAUAUUUAAAUUUUUCUAAUCCCCUCAUUGCCAGAAACUUCAAAUCAGAUGCUUGUGGUUGGGCCUAUGGAAUGAACAUUUUUGAUUUGAAGCAAUGGAAAAUCCAAGACAUCACGGGUAUUUACCAUAAAUGGCAAAGCAUGAAUGAGGAACGAACUUUGUGGAAGCUUGGGACUCUACCACCAGGCCUUAUCACGUUCUAUAAGCUGACUCAACCUCUGGAAAAGUCAUGGCACGUCCUUGGAUUAGGCUACAAUCCAGCCAUCGAAGAAACGGAUAUCGAAUCUGCUGCAGUCAUACAUUGGAACGGAAAUAUGAAACCAUGGUUGGAAAUCGCUAUUUCAAAAUUCAAGCCAUAUUGGUCGAAGUAUGUAAAGUAUGAUCAUCCCUUCCUGCAGCAGUGCAAUGUCAAUGAGUGAGGCCUUGUUUGUUCAAGAAAAUGUACCAAAAGCCUGUUCGCAGGAAGCGCUUAACCUUGUCUGAAAUUGCUUACUAGGUAGGGCAUUAAUGCUUAUAUUGCAGAAUUUACAACCCCAGAAAAUCAUUGUCUGGAGAAUUUAGAAGUAGGGAUGAGGAAACGUCACGACUUUCCCAGUUAACUACACAUUUUAUUUUAUUUUUGACUUCAUUGAUUCGGUUUAGUCACACUGAGUAAUGUAGUGUUUCCAGCUGACCUGAGAUGAACUAUUUUCGCUUCGCACGCUAUUUGUGAAAGUGAUGAUCUUUGGUGGGGUGUCCUCAGUAAAUAUAUGAUUUUUCAUCAGAAGAUGAAUAUAGAA